AUGCAGUCGUCUUCUUCUUCAAUAUUGUCAUUGUCUCUGUCUGAAACAGCAAGUAAACCAUGUCUAUCACCGAUAUCACCAUUACAGCCAAUACAUCCUAUGGAUUCGAUGAUUGAUAUCGUUGAUGAAAUCGAUAACGGAGGUAUUUUUCUAUUUGAAACUGAACGACAACUUAUCUAUACGGAUAAAUACGCAUGUGCGAUACAUAGUGUAUGCUUUUUUGGUUGUUGGAUAUGUACGAUUCCAUCGGCAAUUAUCAAUAUCUUUGCGCAAAUAGCAGCGAAGAAAAAUCAAAUGACUCGAGCGAAAGUUUUAUUUAAUAUCGCUUUUGUUUUCUCAUUUUUUGGUUUAAUUUUAUUUGUUGUCCAAGCUGCAGGAAUGCAACAACAAACGAUUAUCGUAUUACUUCUCGGCUUGGCAGUAUCUACAUAUGGCCUCGACCUUUCCCAUGCUAAACGUUCAGCUGCUCUUGAGCCACGCGUAGCCAACUUUAUUGGCGAUUUGUACGCUCAAGUUAUCUUCCCACCACUCAAAGAUAUUGUUACAAAAUUGGCAGUUUUAGUUGCUGAAAUUGUAGCUCGUGUUUCCCAAAUCGGCGUUCUCUCUACUGAUGGCCGACGAGUUCAUCCAUCAGAUGAGCAACUCCGCGGUUUCUUCAGUGGUUUGUGGAACGAAGCUCUUAAACCACCUCUUGAAAACACCAUUCAAAAUGUUGCUCUUUUGGCUGCUCAAGUUUUGGCCGGUAUUGGUUCAAAUGGUAUCAACCUCGGUAUUGGCAAACGUGACUUAACAGAAGAAGAAAUGCGCGGUUUCUUCAGCGGCUUAUGGAACGAAGCUCUUAAACCACCUCUUGAAAACACCAUUCAAAAUGUUGCUCUUUUGGCUGCUCAAGUUUUGGCCGGUAUUGGUUCAAAUGGUAUCAACCUUGGUAUUGGCAAACGUGACUUAACAGAAGAAGAAAUGCGCGGUUUCCUCGACUCCUUGGGUCAAGCCGUCAAUGAUGUCUACGCAAACGUUCUUCAAAAACCAAUCGAAAACGCUCUUUCCAGUGGUGCACUUAUGUUAGCUCAAGUUCUCGCUGGACUUGGUACUAAUGGUAUCAAUUUAUCUGGUCUCCUCGGAAAACGUGACUUGACAGAAGAAGAAAUGCGCGGUUUCCUCGACUCCUUGGGCCAAGCCGUCAAUGAUGUCUACGCAAACGUUCUCCAAAAACCAAUUGAAAAUGCUCUUUCCAGUGGUGCACUUAUGUUAGCUCAAGUUCUCGCUGGUCUCGGUACUAAUGGUAUUAAUUUAUCUGGUCUCCUCGGAAAACGUGACUUAACAGAAGAAGAAAUGCGCGGUUUCCUCGAUUCAUUGGGUCAAGCCGUCAAUGAUGUCUACGCAAACGUUCUCCAAAAACCAAUCGAAAACGCUCUUUCCAGUGGUGCACUUAUGUUAGCUCAAGUUCUCGCUGGUCUCGGUACUAAUGGUAUUAAUUUAUCUGGUCUCCUUGGCAAACGUGAUGUCGACUUUAGCGGUCGCGAAGCUGAAUUACGUGGAAUCUUUAGCUCAGUCACCGGUGCUGUUGUCAAUGGUUUAGCUGGUGUCUGGAACAACAUUUUCCAAGUUCCACUUGAAAACUUUGUUCAAAAUAGUGCUCUUACUGCUGCUGGAUGGCUCGCCAAUUUAGCUACUGAGGGUGUCAAUAUUGGCUAA